AUGCCGAACACUCCCCAAGAGGGCGAAACACCGGUCGAGCCAUUCAAAUUCACAACUGAGCAACUCUACUCUCUUGUCCGAAAUUAUGUUACCCGAACAAAGUAUGAAGAACUCGAGUUGCUAAAUACUUACGGCGGCGUUGAGGCGCUUGAACCCGGUCUCGUUACCAGCUUCCAACAUGGCUUAGAUGUUUCGGAAGCUGCGGUCAAGCCGGCCUCGCCUAAAGCAGAGUUCAAGCCUAUGUCUCCUCGAGCAUCCCCGCCUAUGGAUGAAGCUCAAGAACUCCUCCAAAAACGGAAGGGAGCAUUUGGGGUCAACGUUCUUCCUCAACGACGACCUACCCCCUUCUGGCGUCUCUGCUUAGAAGCUGGCUCAGACUUCACUCUGCGGAUCCUCACUCUUUGCGGCCUCAUUUCAAUCGUCUUAGGUGUCACGCUCGGCGAGCAUCCUGAAGUCGAGUGGAUUGAAGGCUUUGCCAUUUGGGUCGCCGUCUUCGUCGUCAUUGCUGUCACUGCCACCAACGACUGGGUAAAAGAAAAGCAGUUCCGUAAACUCGGCAAAGUAAAGGACGACAGACUGUGCCGCGUCAUCCGCUCUGGAAAAGAGCGGCAGACACCUGUGGCAACGCUGAUGGUCGGAGACAUCGUUCGCCUGGAGGUGGGCGACGAAGUUCCUGCGGAUUGUUUGCUGAUUUCUGGAGUUGAAUUGCGAGCAGAUGAGUCUGCGCUCACAGGCGAGUCGGAAGCGAUUGCGAAAGAGCCUCCCAAGGAGUGCUGGGCGUCCCUUGACCGCCUGCGAGCCUCGCAGCCAGCCUUCGGCGAAGAAGAAGACUCUGGACAGAAGUGCGGCAUUGGGGAGCAGCGAACGCUGGAGAAUCGCCUCGUCGAGGGAAAGGAAACUCACGCCUCUUCCUUCUCCCCAGCGCCUUCGCCGUCGCCGUCUCCCACACCUUCCUCGUCUUCUGUGGAGAAGCCGAGGUCGAGCUUUCUGCGGAGAACCGCCCGUAUCUCUUCGUCUUCUCUUCUCGGAAACAUUCGGAGACAAGCGGGAGUCGAGAGACUUGACGCGACGUCCGCCGAUCACCAUGCCAUCCCCUCCCCUAUUCUCCUUGCAGGAACGGCGAUCGUCGGCGGGAGCGGCAGAGCUCUCGUCCUUGGCGUCGGGACGCACUCUCAACAAGGCGAAUUGUACAAGCAGCUCACGGCCUUCGACGCGCAGCCGACGCCGCUGCAGAAUAAGCUGAAUGCUCUCGCGAGAGACAUCGGAAGAAUUGGGUUCCUGGCCGCCUGCCUGACGCUGUUCGUUCUCUUUCUUCAGUACUGGAUUUUGUUUGGCCUCCUGCCGAAGGACGAACGUCCAUCGGGCGGUACGAUCGGCCGAGAGCAUGUGGACUUUCUCGUCACCGCGAUCACGAUCUUGGUGGUGGCGGUGCCUGAGGGCCUGCCGCUGGCCGUCACCAUUUCGCUCGCCUACUCAAUCGGGAAGAUGCUGGCCGACCAGAACUACGUCCGGCGCCUGGCUGCGUGCGAAACGAUGGGGGGUGCAAACGAGAUCUGCAGCGACAAAACCGGCACACUGACGAAGAACAUGAUGAGCGUAGAGGCUGCCUGGGAUGGACGCAACUUGACCUACAGAGACGACGAGCUCUGGAGAGUCUGGACGCGCCAAGGAAGAGAGCUGGCGCGCGCGAAGGUACUGCAGGGCAGAGUGCACACCCUGCCGACACAGGGAGGACGCGCCGAGCGAGGAGAGAGGAAGGAAGAAGAGGAGAACGAGGGGCGCGACGCUGUCGCGAGGGAACGCGGCGGCGGCCGCACACGGUUUCCGCCGAAGUACCUCAAGAUUUUGAUGGAAAACAUUGCAUUGAACAGCACCAGUGUGUUGGAGAGAGAGGCGCGUUCGACAGUCGAAGCUUCUGUGAGGAGCAGGCUGAUUUCUAUGGCCAGCAGCGGCGCGCUGAAGAAGGUAGAUGUAACCAAGCAAGUGGGGUCGCCCACCGAGUGUGCGCUCUUGGAGUUUGCCGGAGAAAUGGGAUUCGACUACGAGAGAAUAAGAGACGAAAGAAUUCUUGAAGAAGCCGACCUGGUUCAUCGCGAGCCGUUUACCAGCGACAGGAAAAUCAUGACGACAGUCGUGAAUGCAUGGGAUGAAUUCUCCGACGCUUCGUCACCGCCUGCUGUUCGCCUCUCGUCUUGCCGUCACAGCCCCUCGUCGUCCCCAUCUUCUUCCUCUGCUUCUUCUUCUACUUCUUCUUCUGCUUCUUCUUCUGCUUCUUCUUCUGCUUCUUCCUCUGCUUCUUCUUCUCUUCCUUCGGCCGCUGGAGUUCCUUCUUCUCGGCGGCGCACUCUGCGCGUCUUCGUGAAAGGAGCUGCGGAGACUGUGCUCAAGCUCUGUGCUCACGUCGUCGUUCCGCUCCCAGAGGGGGAGGACGCCGCAGGUGGAGACGGAGAUACGCCGACCUCUCAGCGAGACAGAGAAGGUGACCUGGCGCCGCUGGACGCAGAGAAAAUCAUGACGAUCGAGCGAGAAGUCAUUCACAAACUCGCUGGCGAGGCGCUCCGGACAAUCUGCCUCGCGUACAAAGACAUCGCUGCAGACGAAGGAGACACCACCUGGGCGGAAGCGAGCGAGCUCCACCCGUUCAAGAAGAUGGAACUGGGCCUCACCUGCCUCGCGAUCGUUGGAAUCAGAGAUCCAGUUCGCCCAGAAGUCCCCGCAGCGGUCUUGGCCUGCCAGAACGCAGGCAUCAAAGUGCGCAUGGUCACGGGAGACAAUAUCGAGACUGCAAAGCAAAUCGCAGUCAAAUGCAACAUCUACCAUCCAGAAAAAAACGGACUGGCGAUGACUGGCCCGGAGUUCAACGCGCUGAUCGGCGGCGUCGUGUGCAGCGGGUGUCGACUGGCCAUGUGCGACUGUCCGAGGCACCCUGCGGAGGAGCGCGCGACCGGCAAGAAGAUGAGAGUCGACGUGAUCGCAAAUCCCGAAGCCUUCAACGAAAUUGCAGACAACCUAGAAGUUCUUGCUCGCUCUCAGCCCAUGGAUAAAUAUGCUCUGGUUGUCGGACUCAAGGAACUGAGGGGAACGGUUGUCGCGGUGACUGGCGACGGUGCUAACGAUGCUCCUGCCCUCAAGAAGGCAGAUGUCGGAUUUGCCAUGGGGCUUUCAGGAAAAGAAGUCGCCAAACAGGCAGCAGACAUAGUGCUCCUCGACGACAAUUUUGGAAGCAUCGUGAAGGCGGUGAAGUGGGGAAGAAAUGUCUACGACAAUAUUCGCAGAUUUCUCCAAUUUCAACUCACUGUAAACGUCGUCGCUGUCGUCACAGCGUUUCUGACAGCGACAAUCAUCCGAGAAAGUCCCUUGACUGCGGUCCAAAUGCUCUGGGUAAACCUGAUAAUGGACUCCUUUGCGUCUCUCGCGUUAGCCACUGAGCCCCCGACCGACGAACUUUUAAACAGGAAACCUCACAGCCGACACGACUACCUCAUUAGCAAGGUCAUGUUCAGGAACAUCGUCGGGCAGUCCGUCUAUCAACUGACUGUGAUGUUUUCGUUGAUUUUCGGCGCCGAACAUUUCGUCCCAGAGAACCCCUGGACUUAUCUUUCUCCCGAAACUCGACGCCAGUUCCCCGACUUCUGCGAGUUCAGCGACUGCAUGCGAGACGAGGAGGGUGUUCCCUCCGGCUUUCGCCUGCGUUCUGGGCGGCGCUACCAUCCCUUCUCAGACGAAGAAGAUUACGCCAGUCGGUGGCGCGUUGACCUGGGAGCGUCGCGGCACUACACGCUGGUCUUCAACGUCUUUGUGUUUAUGCAGAUUUUCAACAUGAUCAACGCCCGGAAGAUCAACGCGGAGUGGAAUGUCUUCUCAGGCGUUUUCAGAAACAAAAUGUGGGCAUUCGUCGUCUCCUUCAUCUUCGUCGUCCAAGUCCUCGUCGUCGAAUUUGGAGGCCUCGCCGUCAGCUGCCACCGACAGGGACUGACGGCAGUCCAGUGGGCCAUUUCUCUCGCCUUUGGCGCCGGCACUGUGGUAGUUGGAUUUCUCCUCCACCUCAUUCCUUACACUUUUUUGCCGGAGACAGGCAAGAAAGAAGUCGAUCUGCUGCACGAAGGACCUUCGCUUGCUCUCGCAUCUCGCGGCAGGCUUUCUUCCGAGCGACUGUCAGUUCGCCUGGGAGGCGGCCUAGGCAUGACGUCCGAGCAAAAGCGAGCCAUCAUCGAACGCGUCGCCGGGAAUGCUGGGAAUUCCUCUGGUGCAGCAAACCGUUCUCUCAAGGCUAUGAACUCCGCAGUUAACAGACCAACUUUCGAGCCUCGCAGGCCAGCUCUCAGACAGGCUGUCACUGCUGUUUAG